AUGCUUGGCGAAGAAGAUGCUCAUGCUAGCAAACGGAGGAAGGUCCGCAAAGGUACCCAGAGCUGCUGGGAGUGCAAGAGACGAAAGGUCCGCUGCAUCACAUCGCAUGAGAGCUUCACCUGCGACAACUGCAGAAGGCGAAAAACUUCAUGCAUCGCCCAAGAUCUCCCUGAUCGGCCUGUGCCUCCGGCUUGCGAUACUCAAGUAGAAGAUCGGCUCAGCCGAGUGGAGAGUCUCAUCGAGCAGUUGAUCGAUAAAUCCGAUACAAGUCAUCCCCCCACAGCCGAGGACAUCAACAACCUUCAAGCGAAUGCACCUUCAUCGAAAGAUAGCAAUCAUCGCAACCACCCUCCUCAAUCACAUACUCGCCAACUAUUAUCCAGUAAAACGCCCUUUGCGACUGACCACACGGCAUUAAUCGACGAUUUAAUCGCUGUGUGGCCUAGUCGGGAUAAUAUUGAAGCUAUCUGUACUCUCCCUGUUGGGUUUUCGAUGCACUUGCAAUGCUGUGUUUGUGCGUCUUACACAAUGCCAAACAGAAAUCCUCCUUCACCACUGGAUAUUCUCCAGCUCCCCCCAUCAAAAUCCCACCCAGUGCUUUUUGCCCGAAAGCUUCUCAUGCUAGGUGCGCUCUUACAAGCUAUUGUUCCUUCUUCCCAUCAACAAUUGGACAGUCGCGGUAUCUCAUGCGCAGGGCUAUUGUCCCGUGUCAUUGAAAGAGCCACCAGACUCGUGACCACCAAUGAUGAACUUGUUCGCUCUAUUGAGGGUCUAGAGUGCAUUAUGAUUGAGGCGCAGCUUCACAACUACUCUGGAAAUCUCCACCGCGCCUGGCUAGCGACACACCGGGCAGUUUCCGUUGCCCAGAUUAUGGGACUGCACCGCGGCCUCAACUCACCGUCUCUAAAGUUCCAUGAGCCUGAGACUCGAGCGAAUUUCGACCCGAAACAUAUCUUGUUUCGCAUUAUUGAGAUGGAUCUCUAUCUUUCAUUAAUGUUAGGACUACCCAACAGUUCACUUCAAGCUCCCCUGGCUACACCGAAGGCGUUGGAGGGGUGUCUUCCUAUCGAGCGGAUUCAGCGUACUCACUAUGAAGUCUCUCGGCGGAUAAUCCAACGCAGCAAUGCGGAAAUAAACAGUGUCGAGGAGACUAGUGAGAUUGAUCGGAUCUUACAGAACACAGCUGCCGAGAUGUCGCCUCAGUGGUGGCUGAUGCCAUCAUUUGCGGUAGGGAAUUCUGAUAAAAAGGAGCUCUUCGAUGAUACAAUUCGCCUUAUGGUACAGUUCUCUCAUUAUCACCUAAUAAUAAGGCUACAUCUGCCUUAUUUGGUACGCUCCCUGGCGGAUCACAAAUACGAUCGCAACAUGAUUACAGCCGUCAAUGCAAGUCGUGAGAUCUUAUCCCGCUACAUAGCCUUCCGUUCUUCAAACCCAGUCAAUUUCUAUUGCCGCGGAAGCGACUUUCUAGCAUUUGUUUCCAUUGUUGUCAUAUGCUUUGCCCAAAUUGGCUCACAUAGCCAAAAUGAUCGGGCCAUCCAAGCCGAGAGAAUGAGCUUCACUAUUCUUGCACACAGUCGUCUCAGCGACCGAGGGAUAAUGGAGCGUACCCUCGCAAUUCUCCUAUCAAUCAGCAAUGGUGAGCGAGACUCAAUUGUCUCGAAGCUCAGUCACUUGAUCAGACAUCUACUUGCAGUUGAGUCAGACGCGGCAAACGGAAAGCUAUAUAGCAUGAGCACAUCCGCCAGCGAUGAAGGAGACGAUGAAUCGACCGUGAAGUCAAACAGCAACGGCAGAGUCUUGCGCAUCCAUAUUCCAUAUUUCGGGACAAUCAAUUUCGAGCCCGGGGCUGGCUCAAGUUCUGUCUCGAGAACACCUAUGCAAUCUGAAUUACACACUUCCACUUGGGUUUCAGACGUUCUGCUUGCUGAUCAGCUAGCGGAUAGCAUUUAUGGACCAUGCAGUAGUGAUGUUUGUCCCUUAACCCCCAAUACACACUUAUCACAGAUACAGAAGAGUCAACAGUCCUUGAAUAGCCCGGAAGUGGCUUUGAGUGAAUCACAAGGACCUAAUUUUAACAACACCAGUCCUGUCCGAGAGCAAGCUCCGAUGACUUCCCCUUCUCUGGAUACGAGUACAUAUUAUGACUGGGACCUACAGGGUAUUGAUCUAGCCCUUUUUGAUAGCCUCUUCGGCAACGUGGAUAUCCCGAAUGUUGAUAAUGGGGAAAUUCCGACCUUGGCAGGAAAUUAA